UCAACAGCUGGCAGUGGCAUGGUAAAUUUAGUCGACACAGUUUUAAGUUGCAGACGACGCGAGAGCAAGUACAACUACAAGGAACGGUUCUCUAUACCCAGGUAUUUGAACAAAUACAGGUACAAUCAAAGCGUAGGAUGGGCUAUUCAUUCCGUUUAACGCAUCGUGGGCCCCGGUAAAUACCUUCAAGCAGAGCUCUGUGUUCCAGGCCAACAAAAUAGAAAUACCAGAUUGUACUUUCUCUAAUCUGAUAUUUUUUGGCAUCAGCAACAAGUCAGACGUGCAUAUUGUGUGACACUCGAUCCGUGUGCCAGUAUAACUCACUGCAAUUGUCAUGGGAGUUAAACUUUGGAUGGUUUGAUAUCUGCCAACUUUAAAAUGUGCUGGUUAUGAGGAAAUAUCAUCUUUUGUCCACAUUUGCCCCACUAGUGAUUGAAGCUGAGUAUCUGUGGACCAGUUAUGGAUUGUUCUGACAAUAUUUUGCCUUCUUAAACUCUGCUUUUACAGAAAAAACAUCUCUUGUUCGCUAUUAAUUUCAUGUUUGAAAAAGUACAGAGAUGGCUGAAGGUGGAACAAUGAUGACCAAGGAUGGACUACAUAUGAGCCAAUCAGAAACAGGCUUUCAAAGAAAUGAGCCAAUCACAGACCACAACAGUACUAGGAGCACAAGGGAUGGUAGAAUGCUGAUAUCAUUUGACAGCUUUGAAAAGUCGGACAUGCUACCGGACUACAGAGGAUGGCUGACCGAGUGCAGCACCAAGAAACAGUACUGGUGUGUCGCGGCCAGUAACAUGCUUGGGUUGUUUGAUUCACCCGAAGGAGAUGAACUUAAGAGAGUUUUGACACUGAGUGACUUUCAUCUGGAGGCGUCGAUAAAGGAAAGUGGAGAAAAUUGUGACGCUGAGACGUGCGAGUCUAGCAGAAGCAGAACAUCAAACAGUCAACUGCUGAAUAAGGAGUUUAUCUUGGAGUUGACACCAGUUUCGGAAGGAGACAGGAUUUUCAGUUUUAGCGUGCCAACGGAGGAGGAGUUCUCACUUUGGAGCUCAUUGCUUCACAGUUUCACAGAGAAAUCCCCGUUACCAUGUAAGCUAGGGAUGACUAGACAAAAGAAUAUCAGUUUUGAGGAGAGCCGGAGGACGGACAGUGGGCUUGGGGAAGAAUUUGAUACGUCUCCAUCAGCGAGAAGGAAAAUUCCCAAACAGAUGAGUGUCGAGAGCGACACUGCCUCGCGAGACGGAGAAUGGCAGAGCAGAGGAAGCUCUUUUGUGUCGUCGCUCGCGACAAAUGACGAUCUCGCUGACUCGCACUCCAUUAGCGACAGCGCCUCUUGUGGUAACAGCACCGUCAACCUCUCAGAAAUCGAAUUCGCCGAUUCAGAGACAAACUCCCAAAAGAGGAAUUUACUCAGUGAUAGCGUUUUCCUAGGAGGGUCCCAAGAACUGGAUGCGUGGGACGAGUCUCAUAGUGUUGAUGGAGACUCAGCCCCGACCUCUCCUCGUCAUCCCACCGUGUCAAGUGUGAGCUCUACCGGCGACGCAACCGAAGGAUCUCGCUCAGAUCAUAGCAAGACUGUCAUCAGCAAAGUGACCAAGUUGGUGCAACGAGCACUGAUUCGCCGGCCCCGGGUCACGUCCGGUUUGACCUUAGGUCACCUCCCUGACCCCAAAAUGUCGGGACCCAUGCGCAAGAAAGGUAAAUCACGCUGGUACGUCUUAAAUGAUACGUACUUGUACUGCUUCAAGACCAACUCACCAGAAGCUGAGGCAGAGAGCAUCCUUGACCUGAACUCAUACUCGGUUGCCUUGGCAACAGAACGAAAAGAGGACGGACAAUCCAUUGGCCUGCUGAAACUCACCCACUCUGCCGGGAAGAAGGUUUUGUUUUCCAUCAACAGCACCGACACGGCUCAACUGUGGUAUGAUUACAUCAACGAGGCAAUUCGACUUGCAAGUUCCACCAAAGCUUCCAGAUCAGACAGCCAGAAAUCGACAGGCUCUAAUUCGGACUCCCAAGGUCAUACAGCGCUGUCCAGUAGACUGUCGCGGGAAAGUUUUGAGGAGAGCUACGGGUACUUUGAACGGCAGAGUUCUCUGAGAGCUCAGAGGGAUGCUGUUGACAAUGCAAUCACUGAAGUGCCAAAAGCAGACAAACAGGAAUCUAGCUCUGGAAGUUCUGCAGCAGCUGAUGGAAAACAAGAAUCACGUUCGCUCUCAGACUUUGAGAGCGUGGCGUCGUCAUCAGUUGCCGCCUGGGGAUCCUCAGACGAUCUGGAUUUGACGGACAAGAAAGCCAACACUGCCUUGAGUUUGGUCAAACGUUCCAUCAGACCAUCGCUGUUGUCCAAACGGAGAGCGAGGCAGAUGCCCAUCUCGGCUUGUGACGUUGUGGAUCCGACGUUGACUGGGAACCUUCGUGUGUUCAUGCCAAACAAGGGAACUUGGAAAAAGUCUUGGGCUGUGCUGAAAGACGAUUGGCUGUAUUUUUACAAGAAGCCCACCGAUUCAUCAACCUCGGACAUCAUUGAGCUGUCAAACUACACCAUCCAACGAGAACGCACCGUGGACGACGGAACUCCACUCACCAGCCAGAAAUAUAUGUUCAGCAUUUUAAACAAAGACGGAUCUAACCGUGCUGUCAUAAUGGCUGAAACAGAGAAGGAGACGCGAGCCUGGAUGGAGAAGUUGAAAGGUCGCGCCAAGAAACAGAGCGCGACCCUCGACGGUCUGAAUCUGGAGAGUGGCUCUUCUACGCGACCGCUCCUACCACCAGAAUCUAGUGACAAGUGGCACACUAACCAGGCAGAAGUACUCAAGGAGAAACUGCUGAAAGUCCUCCAAAAGAACCUAGAUACUCUGGAGACAUCUUCAGAGAGGGAAGACCCAGACCUUGACCCCAAACUUGCCAAGAAAAAAGCAGAGAUUCUUUCCAAUUAUGAGAAGGCUAAUGACGAGGAAGCAGAGGAAUUAGUCAGGUACCUGACCAUCCAGAAUCGACGUCGGAUGUCGGCCCAAGUGAAGAAAGAUGCCCUCCAGCGAACCAUCGGGAGUAAGGGUAAGAAGAGGGUGGAGAGGAUUGGCAGUGUAGAGGAAUCGGCCAUGGAGGAUCAGAUCAAAACCUUGAACGUCAGGCUGGACAGCAUCAACGCUGAUAUCGAGGCCAAGAGCACGCAGAAGACCAACCGCCUCCAGGCACUUAAGGAGAAGAAAGACUUGCAAAUUCAGCUCUUGGAGCAACAAGAGAGGCUGUCGCGGUAUCGCCGGCAGGCUCAUAUUGCGCUUCAAGGAGCAGAUUUUCAGAGUGCUCUCGCAGGCCUGGAUGAGGAAAGUCUUAAAGAUGGCGAAGGGUCGACAGAGGAGGAUGUGGACAAGAAUUCAAGAUAUUCUCCCAAAGCAGUUGAAGAUGAGACUGAUAGCAGCUCCACACGGCCAGAAAUACAAUCUGAGACGGUCCAGGUCUUGGCAAGACAAAUGGUUGAAAAAUCACCCCCGAGGUCUCCAAAUACUCGUCCUGGAAGGUUGUUGCCUAGUUUACCUUACAGAAAGGGAGAAAAGCCAUCCAGAGGGAACGCAAGAAAAAAACAAUCAAAGGAAACAAGUGAGGAAAAGUCCCAGUCUGGCUCUGUGCAAACAGCCGUUGACUCAUGCCAAAGAACAGAUGCCCCAUUGGAGAAAAAGUCCAGCCCGUUAGCCCGCCUCCGAAAAAUCAGCCUCGGUUCGAAAAUGGCACCGGACCCAACUCAGCUUGUAAAAGAGACAAAGAGUCGUAAGCUGAGCACAGGGAUGAAAUCCUCGGUGUCGUUUGACGAUGGACUGAGUUUAGGACAACUGAAUUCCUCUUUGAAACACUCCUCCUCGACUACAGACUUGAGUGUAGCGAACACGAGAGGAAGCCCGUCUCCAAGGAGAGCUGCGAGUCGGGAAGGGAAGGAUACCAGCACGGCCAGCCCGCAGAGACGACGUCGCAAGAUCAGCGUUCCUGUCAAAAUGCCAUCCAUGGACAGCCUCUUCCCCUCAUCAACCUCCAAGAAGGAUAAACAGAGGAAGAUGAGCAACUCUCCGAAUUUCAGUGACAGAGCCGAGCCCGAGACCAGAGUUAAUACAGACAGGGCCCAGAUUCCCUCCCCAAGCAGCUCACCAGAUAUAAACGGAAACGUGGCCCGAGCUGGCAAAGGUCAAGAGGAAAACUCAUCGGCCAAGGACCGUGCUGUGAGAGACGAAAUAGACCCUGAAGUUCUACGAGAUAUUGAGGAGUUUGAAAUGAUGGCUCGCAAGGCUCUUCUAGAAGCUGGUUGGGUCUUCCGCUCCUGAUACAGCCCCGGACAGUAGGGAUUCUAUCAGAGUGAACACUUCAAGAGAUGUAAUUAAGGCAUCGUUAGUCAAUCACAAGUCAAUCACAGAUCAUCACAAGUCAUCAAUGGUCAUUAUAAGUCACCCUUUUUAUCAAAAGACACCAAAAGUCAAUUGCAAGUAAUCACAAGUCAAUCACAAAUCAAUCACAAGUCUUCACAAGUCAAUACCAAGUCAUCCCAAGUGGAUCGCAAGUAAUCACAAGUAAAUCGCAUGUCGCCACAUGUCAUUAGAAGCCAUCACAAGUCCAUUUCAAGUCAAAUCAGUCUCAAAUCGAUCGUCAGGCUAGCCAAUCGAACUGAUGACCUUCUUUUAUCUUGUUUCCCCCUCGACCCGACGUGUAAUUGACUUGGUUACAAUUUUGCUCCAGUCUCUAAACCUAUCCACUUGUUUUCACAAAAGUGAGUGCGUUGUUAUUGAAACUCAGAUAUAUAUAUUAGACAAAGAAAGAAAAGCAACUUAGUUAAAAGUAGCUUUGAAGAUAAUCUUGUUUGCGAUGCAAAAUACUGCCUUAAACCUCACAAAAACAUGUUAAUCCUUGUUGUCACGCCUCAGUGACUGUGACUCCCACAAAGAAGCCAUGUUGGUUGAAAACAUUAAUACACGGUCUCCUAAUUUGUUAUUACAUUUGAGUAUGUUUUAAAGUUGGCUAGUAUACAUGCAGCUUUUUCCUGAUAUUGGUAACUUGUCUAUUCUUCCUAUUAGAAGUUUCACUCAUGUUAAUAGUGCAGAACUUUUGGAGAGGACAUAAUUUGUUUGUCUUCAUGGGGAAAAAUAUCAUUUUGUUUCCAGCAUUGUUUAAGUCGUUUUUUAAAGAGAGGUUGCUUUUCCUCUGAAACUACCUCAUGUACCCGACUGAGAAGUCUGAUGUCUUUUCAAUUUUGCUCAAUUUUUUUUUUUUUUUCCCCUCGAAAAUUUGAGAAUUUUCAAAUCAAUGGAGAGUA